AUGAGCUACUAUCGUCCACUAAUUCUUCGACUUGAAGUGAGAAACGGAGCCCCACAAAUUUCAUUUUGCGAGUCCUCUAAGCUUGAUAUCGGUAGGCCUUGUUUUAUAGUGGUCACGGUAUGUCGAGGUUUUAAGCAUGAAAUGCAACCGCCCACAAAUUUCCGAGGCAGAAGAACGUAUUCGGAAGUGGUAGUUGAGUCUCUGGAAGCUGACAAAUGUAGCUCAACUUCUACAUCAAAAAUUUCAUCUUUAGAUCCUGAUCAUGUCACAUACUACUACGGUAAUCCGUUUGUGGAAAAGACCGAAGGAAUACUACAUUUCUUUAAGUAUAACGAUGAACGCAUGGGACGAGAAGUUCAAUGCAGAAUGCUGUGCAUGAUUGCCGUUCCUUCCCAGAUCACACUUAGAGAAAUCUUAUUGUUUAUAGGCAAGUUUACCAUUUUAUCUCUAAAGAUUAUCAGGGAUUCAACACCGAAUGAAUAUAUGAUUAUUCUCAAGUUUAAGACGCACAAUGAUGCUGUUGUGUUCUACGAUGAGUUUAAUGGGAACCGAUUCAAUAGUUUGGAGCAGAAUCGAUGCAGACUGUUGUUUGUUGACAGGAUAGAAUGUAAAGGUUCUUCAUCUUCGUUCACAGAAAUUCCUACUUGUGCUGUUUGUCUGGAACGAAUGGACGACAGUGUGGUUUCUAUCCUCUGUAAUCAUGCGUUUCAUGCCGCUUGUCUUGAACAAUGGACUGAUACAACAUGUCCAGUAUGUCGCUACAUUCAAACACCAGAAGUUGUGGCUGAGCAGCGUUGUUCUGUUUGUGGACAGAGCUCUGAUCUAUGGAUAUGUCUGAUAUGUGGAAAUAUCGGUUGCGGGCGUUACGCUGAAGGACAUGCGUUCCGACAUUUCGAACUCACCUCACAUACCUUCUGCCUACAAGUUGGAGGGCAAAGAGUGUGGGAUUAUGCAGGAGAUAACUAUGUUCAUCGCCUAAUUCAGUCUGACACCGAGGGAAAGGUGGUAGAGUAUCAAAGAGCGGAGUCUGAAGAAAAAAAAGAUAAACUGGAUGGAAUAAAAUUGGAAUAUACUUGUCUUCUUACGAGCCAACUUGAAAGUCAAAGGAUGUAUUUUGAGGCACGUUUAGCAGAUAUGCAACGAGCUAUGAAUAAUAUGGAGAAGAUGGCGCAAGCUCAGGUGACCUCAGAGUUGAAAGAUGAACGAGAAAUGAACGAAAUGUUACGUAAGGACCAGCAAUUGUGGAAGAACAAAGUUUUGGAUAGCACCGAGUACAAAACUUGUUGUUGCAAAUUUACAUAUAGUUUAAAAAUCAGUGAACUACAAGAACAGAUUUCUGAUUUGAUGCUACAUUUUGAAGCACAAUCAAAAUUGCAGUGUCAACUUGACAGUGCGCAACUUUCUAAAGAGGAGAUCGAAUCCAGCCAAGUCGGGGUGUCUGUUUGCACGCCAGAGAGGAAACUGCGCCGCAAAAAUAAACGAUGA